AAAUUAAGCAAAUAAUACAAAUAAAAACAGUAUUAACCAUGGUAUAAGCAACAAUUGAAUGAAACUUACAUUGUUAUCGACUAAGACCAUCUCGAUACUCUCUCCACCAGUUGCAGAAUAUUGUUUCCAUAAACGAAUGUUGUUAUGAUGUGUAUAUAUGUGAUAGUAUAAAUAAGAGAGGUAGAGCUGAUAAAGAAAAAGUCCACAUGUUGUUACUAUCGCAUGCGUCUUUAUGUGUAUGCGCAUCAAGGGCUACAACUGUCACAUUUGUGUGCAACUUGUUUAUCCCCUUAAUAGUUUUAUAUUCUUAAUUUUUCUGUUCCAACAAAUUUACCAUAACUAAAAACACGCGUAAAAACAAUAUCUAAGAUAUCCAAUGCUCUAAAAUAUGCCAUGUGCGGACACCUGUACGGUGUGUAUACGCUAUACAAUCCCGGCUCUCGGCCAUGGUAACAUGGGCAACCGCACUGGGUCCAUAAUUUCUCGAGUGUUAUUUUAAAAGCUCGUUUUAAUUUGUUCAAUUAUUAAAAAAUCCCAUAGUUUUAACUAAACCAAAUCUAAUAACAAAAAGACAAAACAACAAAAAUCUCUACACUACUUACUUUCUCCUAUCCUAGGGCCCACCUAAAGAUGAUGUAUUUACUAAAUAAUAAGAAUCCAUAUUUAUAUAUUUUUGCAACAACAAGGGCACAGUUUUUUUUUUUUAGUGUUGAAUUUAUACAAAAUUUAAAAGUAUGAUAAUCAAAGUUUCUUAAACCUUAAUUUGCAAAACAAAAUAAUGAGUUUAGCUAAUUUUAUAAAAAAAACUUUAACAUUCUUUUUAAUAAUUAUAUUAAACUAAUUAAUUAAAAGGUCUUUAAUUUUUUUUUGCCUAGGGUCCUUCAACAAGUUAAGCCAGUCCUGACGCUAUGCGGCUACUAAACGUACAAAAAAACAUCAUGUACGGCAUGUUAUACGGUUUGUUAAAAUUCAGGUGUAUAUUCAGCUUCCUAGUCCGCAUACUCCGCAUAUUGAUGCGUUUGUGUUUACUUAAAAGUUAUGAUGUUCAUCAUAUAGAGACUACACUACGUAGUGUAACUAAAGUUUUAAAAUAAAACUAGACCUUGACUCAUAAUUCACGUUCAAUUCAUCAUUUUCUCUAGCUACAAGAAAAAAAACUAGAGUAUGCUGCUCUCACUUGAUUUGCUUUAUAUUUCUUUAGAUUUUUAAAAUUAGACAUUGCUUUAUUUUGUUUAUAUUUAUAUUAUCAUUUUCACAUUAUAACUAUUUUGAUUCUUAAAUUCUAAAAUAUUAUUAAUUUUAUGUGUUUGUAUUUCUAGCAUAUAUACUAUUGAAAGCUCUUAUAUUAUUUUAGUAUACGUAAUAUCUGAUUCUGAUACUAGAUAUAACUUAUAAGUAUAUAUUUAUAUAUAUAUAUAACUUAUAAGUAUAUUUAUAUAGAAAACUAUUAAUAUUAUAUAGAUAGAUAUAAGUUUAUACAUUAAAGUAUAUAUCUGCGUAGGUUCGUUUAGGCGUCCGCGUAUACAGCUAGGCGCUAGGCACUACGUCACCAGACCGAGAGCGCAUAGCGUAUUUUAGAACACUGAAGAUAUCAUUAGGCAGUAGUUAAACGCUAAAUAACGAGUUAUUGAUUAAGCGGACGCAUAGAGCAAUUUUUUGAACUCCUUGACGGUUUUUAAAAAAUCUGUUAAAAAAUGAUUUCAUAUAGAUAUAAUUUUAUCGUCAACAAAAAUGGUUUUGCCGCUCAAACCAUUUUUAGAACAUUGCGCUGAAAGCGUUAAAAUAUUUUUUUUCCUCGUUUAUUCGACGAAAACAGUGAUAACAAGCAGUUAUAUAAACAAAUAUAACUCCCAAUACAUUUAAUAAUUAUGAUUCAUAAUGAGCAGGGAAAAAUUGGAAGAGGAUGCAGAAACUAUUAAAAUGUUUCAAAUUCAUCUGUCAUUUAUUUAGUAAGUUGCAAUAAAAUAAUCGAACUCAUAAAUCAAUACAAUUGCUUUGCAGAGCAAAGUUUUUUUUUCAUCUAAGGCUUUUUUAUUCAAUAUUGUCAUAACAUUUGAUAUGGUACAUCCCAUCAAAAAAGUCAAAACAAACUAUUGAGAAAACGUUAUAACUUGAUAGAAAUAUGGUCUGACAAUUAUGAUCACAAAAGAAAUCAAUGAUAAAAUCUAGAUCGAAUAUUGGUUGAUAAUUCAUUGAUAUCAAGCUGAUCUUGUUUCGCGCUUAUUAACAAUCGAAAUACGUUUCCGCGUCAUAAUGGGUUGCAGUCACUUGCGUUGCCUACACAAGAAAAGUUCUCUAAAUAAAGAUAUAUAUAUUUUUAGUUAAAGUUGUUCAGGAGGAAAUUCCUUCUGACAAAAUUUACUCUUGAACCCGUCCUACAAUCUGCGAUAACCAUUACAACAAAAGACAUAGCAAAACGAGUAUAUCUCCAAUUACAAAAGCUGGCAGAAAACAAAAAUAUCCUCGGAAACUUAGGGAGAAAUCCAGAAUAAAACCAUAAUAAUGUAUAAAAAACAAGAAAAUACUAUUAGAAAAGAAAUUUCAGCGCCGAUGCUCAAAAAGCCACCGGCGUAAGGUCACAAAAAAUCAUUUUUUCUCUCUCUUGCGGCUGAUCUAUUUUUCAUAUAAAGAAAAAAAUAAAAAACGGUGAAACCCGAAAACUUUUUCAGGAAGUAACUCAUCCUAAUACUAUUCUCGCUUAAGCACACUUAACUGCGGAAUUCUGAUAAGUUUCGUAAACAAUGUUUUCGAAACCUACUAUGUUAUGUAAAUUGUUUUAAAUAGGAUAAAAAUGUUAGUAUGAUCAAGUUUUAGAAAAAAAAAUUUUGUUGAAUGAAGGUUUAGUCCCAUCCAUUUGCUUCCAUUCACAACUUUAAUAGAUAGCAUCACAUAGAUAGUUUUAAUAUAUAUAUUGCCAGUUGUAUUUUUGUCUGACUAAUUGUAAGAGAGAAAAAAGGAGAAUAUUGAAUAUGGUUGGUAAUUUUAAAUUGGAUCAGAAAAAAUAUCUGGUUAGAGAAAACACAGAGCAUAUUACCAGUAUGCCUUACAGCGACUUUACUCUUUAACUUUUUUUGGAUACCUUUCUUUACCAUUUUUCCUUUUUUAUACUGCUUAGCAAGUGUUUGAAUCUAGAUCCUAAUCCACUUAACUUAAAACUAAUAUGUGCUAAUUUUAUAAAUGGUAUAAAGCUUUAUUCGAAAUUCGGAUUAAAAGGGCAAUAUGACGUACCUCUGCACUUAAAUCAUUAGCUUAUCUCUUAAUGUUCCUUUACCAUUAUUCUUUUUUUGGUCAAACCAAUAUCCCUUUUCAUUUCGUAUUUAUAUAAUUAUUUAAAAAUCUUUUAUCGCUUUGCAUCACUAGUGAAUGCUAACACUAUCGAAAAUUCGACAAAUUAAAACUAAGGAGUCCAUGCCAAAUAUGAAAGUCGAAGUAUAUCUUUGCUAUAUAUAUAUUAAACAAUGACAGAGUAGUUAAACAAUAACAAAAAAAAUCGUAAUAUAAUGAAACGAAAAACAAAGUCAUGAAAUUAACGUAAUUAAGGACAAGGGAAGUUUGUAUGAAGGUGCAUAAUAUUAUUUUAGUCAUGUAUAUGUAGUAAUAAUUUGUUAUAAUAUAAUUGAACCGAUAAAUAAAUUUAUAAUUGAUUCUUGAACCAAUGGUUUAAAAAUCGAUUACAUCACAAGCAUGACAAAACAUACAGUACAAAAUGGUAAUACUUAAUACGGUUAAGUUUCAGAAUAAUUUCGGAUACGACUAAUUGUAUUUUAUUUUAGUUUUAAAAUUGUUGACCGCACUUCAGUCAAUAAUCUAUACUAUGUUAAAUAGAAGUAGCACCUCUUCCCCAUUUAGAACCAGAGUCUACUAGUUUUCUAAACUGUCUCAGAUGAUCCGUGAUCGUAUGGGUUAAGUGACUUAAGUCGAAAGACUCGCACUGCCUGACGCAUCAUCUUCUUUGUAAAUAUAGGAGAGAGCGAGAGAGAGAGAUGACAGUAGAAGAGGCAGGAGAUGAUCACACAAAAGAUGGAACAGUUGAUCUUCAAGGCAAUCCUGUUCGAAGAUCCAUUAGAGGUCGAUGGAAAGCUUGUUCCUUCCUCGUCGUGUACGAGGCGUUUGAGCGGAUGGCAUAUUACGGGAUAUCGAGCAACCUAGUGAUUUACAUGACAACCAAAUUGCACCAAGGCACCGUUAAGUCCGCGAAUAAUGUGACCAACUGGGUCGGGACUGUUUUCCUCACUCCUAUCUUGGGUGCUUAUGUCGCGGACGCUCAUCUUGGUCGCUACCGCACUUUCGUCAUCUCUUCUACUAUCUACUUUUUGGGGAUGUUGGUGUUAACGUUAUCAGUAUCCAUACCGGGAAUCAAACCACCAGAAUGUUCUAUGGCUAAUGCUGAAGACUGCGAACAGACUUCUAUUCUACAGUUAGCGGUUUUCUUUGGAGCAUUAUACACAUUAGCCAUUGGUACAGGCGGUACAAAAGCGAACAUUUCUACCAUAGGAGCCGAUCAGUUUGACGAGACCGACCCAAAGGAGAAGAUUCAAAAAAUGUCAUUCUUCAAUUGGUGGAUGUUUAGCAUCUUCUUUGGCACUCUCUUUGCCAAUACAGUUCUUGUCUAUGUUCAAGAUAAUGUGGGCUGGGGCUGGGGUUAUGGGAUUCCAACUUUGGGACUUGCUAUUUCCAUCUUUGUUUUUUUAUUGGGCACUCCUUUUUACCGCCAUAAACUCCCUACGGGAAGCCCUUUCAUGAAGAUGACUCGAGUCAUUGUGGCUUCAUUUCGCAAAGCUAAUGCCCCGAUGGCACGCAGCCUCACACAAUUUCACGAGCUGCCUUCAAUGGAAUAUGAGCGGAAAGGCACCUUUCCGAUCCAGCCCACUAAGAGUCUAAGUCAACUGUGUUGCAGAUUCUUAGACAGAGCUUCACUGAAAACAGGAAUAACAGAUCAGUGGAAUCUUUGUACAAUCACAGAAGUCGAAGAAACAAAACAAAUGCUAAAUAUGUUACCUGCCAUGUUUGCAACUUUUGUCCCAAGCGCAACGGUCGCUCAAGUCAGCACUUUGUUUGUCAAACAAGGAACCACUCUUAACGCAAGGAUCGCCGGAAACUUUAGCAUCCCGCCAGCGAGUCUCACCGCCUUCGUCACAGUCUCAAUUCUCGUCUCCAUUGUCUUAUAUGAUCGAGUCUUUGUCAAGGUAACUCGAAAAUUCACCGGUAAUCCAAGAGGCAUUACUUUGCUUCAACGAAUGGGAGUUGGUAUGAUCUUCCACAUCCUCCUCAUGACGGUCGCAUGUUUCACCGAAAGGUAUAGACUAAAAGUCGCUGCUGAUCAUGGACUCGUCCACCAAAAGGGAGUAAAACUACCAUUGUCAAUCUUCGUUUUGCUUCCUCAGUUCAUGUUAAUGGGCAUAGCUGAUGCUUUCUUAGAAGUUGCAAAGCUCGAAUUUUUCUACGAUCAAGCUCCUGAGUGUAUGAAAAGCCUCGGGGCAUCGUAUUCCUUAACGAGUUUAGGGAUCGGGAAUUUCUUGAGCAGUUUCUUGUUGUCGACGGUAUCUAAGAUAACGAAGAAACGAGGAAAAGGAUGGAUUUUGAAUAACCUUAAUGAGUCUAGGUUGGAUUAUUAUUACUUGUUUUUUGCGCUUCUUAAUUUUGUUAACUUCCUCUUCUUCUUGGUUGCGGUUAAAUUUUAUGUCUAUAGAGCUGAGGUUACUCGUCCAGUGGAUGUGAAAGAAGAGGAAGCGAAUGUGAUGGGUGUCGAGGAGAAUGAAUAAUCAAAAACUGUUUUCUAUACACUUCUGUUUUCUUUAAAUUUUAGUGAACUUCUCCGUGGACU